GGAGCUGUAGACUGGGCGCAAGCAUCAGUUCCUGCUCCGGUGACAUUGGAGAAGAACGCGCGGGAUCCGCAUCAACGUAACGUUGGCGGCCAUCUACUGCGUUGUGCACCUUGCAAGUGCCUGCAGGUGCACACCACCUCCUGGUGCGCGAGUUCUAGUGAGAUCGCUUAUUAAGACGACGUCGAAGUGUUAUAUAGGGACAAUAUAUUGUUUUCGGUGUGGUUUUGAUGUGAGUUAACUAAUUCAGUUCAAGUUUGAUGUUAUAAAUUGUUAACAAUUUCAUCGGCCUAGUCGUCCUCUUUUUAACAGAGCUUUGAUGUCCUAUAAGACAAUCUUCAAGUAUUAUUUGCUAAGUUGAGUAGCCAUUCAGUGACGUGUCUUAAGUCUAAAUAUGGCAGGACGGUGGGAAGAUUUGGUUACGAAAUUAGGAAGUGCUAUUCCUCGAUCAACACCCGCAACCAUCCUCGGAACAUUCAAAACUAAAGUAUCAACUACCAGAACGCAUCAACCGAUACUGAAUAAAUUGUGGACAUUGUCCCGUUAGCGUCUCCCGUCCCGGAUGUCCCACCACGGGAUGUUACGAAGGGACACCUCUACUAUGCUUAUCUACAGCCUUUCUAACGAUGAUUCGGAGAUAGUGUUCACUUUGAGAUCGCUAGCUCAGGCCAGUAUCAUUUUUGUUAUGGCACUGGCUAUUAUUAUCACAAAUGUUCUCAUUAUUGCUACAUUACUAAAUUUCAGAGGACCUUCUGAGGUAAUAAAUUAUUACUUGCUUUCCUUAGCCGUAGCAGAUUUACUAUGUGGCCUUCUAGUUGUACCAUUAUCAGUAUAUCCAGCGGUCGUAAACGAGUGGGUCUACGGAGACAUUAUCUGCCGAUUGAUUGGUUAUCUAGAAGUUACCCUUUGGGCUAUCACUGUUUAUACUUUUAUGUGGAUUAGUGUAGAUCGAUAUUUAUCGGUGAGAAAACCGUUGCGGUACGAAACGCUCCAAACGAAAACCAGGUGCCAAUGCUGGAUGGCCUUCACCUGGAUAUCAGCAGCGAUGCUUUGUUGUCCUCCUCUCUUAGGUUUCACGAAACCUCUUUUCGAUAAGGAAGCCUAUAUCUGCAUGCUCGAUUGGGGUAGCAUGGCAGCAUAUACUGCUACUCUAUCAAUCCUUAUCUUAGGGCCGAGCCUCAUCACAAUCGUUUAUACUUACACUUAUAUCUUUAGCAUGUUGCGUAAGAUCAAAACUGGGUAUCCUUUUCAUGAUAAGGAGUAUGCUACUGCUUUAUCGGAGAAUCUGUCAAAUCCCAGUCACAUGAUGUCAUUCACAUUAGUGGUGGCGUUCUGGUUAUCUUGGACACCAUAUAUAGGGGUUAAGUUGUAUGAAUAUUUCACUGCACCUCUGGAGAAUCAUCAGACUCUCCAUUUUGGUAUUGUUUGGUUGGGUUUCCUGAAUUCGUUUUGGAAAUCCGUAAUUCUGAUAACACUCAGUCCACAAUUCAGGUUGGCACUUAGGAUUUUCUGUAUGACGAUUUGCUGUCGAUAUAAAGGUCGACUUCAAGCAGAGCUGAUAGGUAUGGAUGAUGACUGACUACUCCGCUGCUUUCCCGCCAUCAAUUUUCCUAUUACAGGCAUCGCUGUGAGAGACUACGAAUAUUUUAUAGGUAAAAUAAGAAGAUACUGGUGCCAAUUUUCGCGACAUGAACAUUUUCAGCGAUGACUUGUUUGGAAAAUUUAAAUGUGAUUUUUUUAUGAACGCCUGUAUUUGAAUUAAAUCGUUCAAGUCAAUUAUCAUAGAUGUAGUUAUAUAUUACGUCUCCAAAUUUGAGGGACAAAUCGAAUUAUUUCAACGCCCUUCGAUUGGACCCUUAAAAUAAAAGCGAAUAGGAUAUUUUACAAAUCAUUUCAAAACAAUUAAUAAAACAUAUUUUAGAUUUUUAUGCAAUACUUGAAUAUUGUCUUUGAUUGGCGCUUGGAAGGAAGCAUUUAGUAAAACCCUCGCGGAUCUUUCUCCGUAUGUUAAUAAAAACUUUACAGUUCUUUGUGACAACAGAUUUCAGCUUGUGAUUAGGCCUACCAAAGUCUUUACCUCCCUUACCUAACCUAACCAAUUUCCCUUUCAACGGUUGAGUUGAGCUUGGCAGUGUCUAAUAAUCCAGAACAACUCUAGCGAACUUUAAACAGCAUUAUCGAGUGCCUAGGAGGAAUGCUAUGUCUAUGCAGAUGUGACAACUAAUUUGAUGGAUUUUUAAUUGAUUCAAAUAAGAAUAGUCCAGGCAAUAAAGCUCAAAAAAAAAGGUGAAACCUCGCAAUUUUUUCGUCCUGAUUCGUAGAAAAAUUUGGGAUUAGACUCAUUCCACCCUCUAAUUCAUUUUUUAUAUUGUGCACUUGUACGCUUUUUGUUGUUUAAGGGUAAAAGCUACCCUUAAUUGUAAAAAAUUAUAAAAUAAAAUUUUAAACCUUAAUAAGGGUAAAAUUUGGCUUGGAUUAGUUGAAUAUGGAUUGUUUUAUACUGUAGGAUACAAUUUUAUAAUAUUUCAACCCUUAAAAAAUAAUAUAUACGGAUAGAUCCUUUAAUUACGAAACAAAAGAAUUAGAAAACUGUAGCAUUUAGCAUAAAAAGGAUAAAAAAGAAUUUUCUAUAUUCCGAUUUGUUUUCAUAAAUAUAACACAAUUGAAUAAUUGCCCUAUUUUUUUAAAACUCUAGAAAAUACACUGGUGAGGAAAUAACGAAAUAUUACUACUAAUAUACUACGCUCCGAACCGGGCUAUUUUCGAAAAAAAAAUUGGGUUUAUAAACAUAACUCCUUCAUUUUUAUUGAUAGAAAGUUUUUUCAAACAUAAUUUUGUAGAACUUUUCAAGAGCUACAAGCCUAUAUGAAUUAAAUUCCUCAAUAUCCCUUAAUUUUUAAAUAGGGUGAGUUUAAAGGGCUCGGAUAAGGUGGUAUUCGCUCGUGAAUAGAGGUUUUCAACGGCUAUAUCACGCCAAAUAUCCACUGUGUACAAAACCUAUACAAAGUAAAAUUUUAGUCAUUAAAAAAGCUACAAUUUAGUAUCACUUUAUUUUUUCCGUAUCUUCAGUACUUUCGGAGAUAUUUUGAAGUAAAGGAUGAAAAAUACGAAAAUUUCCAAAAAUCGUUUGGUCGUUAAAUUCCAAUUUCUCUAAAAUUACGCAUUUUAAAUUGAUCGAACUUCUUGAGGGUAUUGAUAAAACAUAUAUAAAAAGAAUAUAAAUGACACCACAGAUUAAUAAUAAUAAUAAUAAAGUCGCACCGUCGCAGAAAUGUUCUUUAGAUCCUUUUGUUGGGCUGGAUCAGUCUCCACAAUCCAUCUCUACACUUUCAGGCUUAUUUCCCACCAUUUACAUCUUCCAUCUAGUUUAACCAUUUUUUCCAAGGUCUUUCUUUACCACCAAGAUCUUGUCGCUCCGGUCCUGCACCCAAAAUUGGCAGGAUUUUAACGAUUUUUAUAUUUCCAUUGAUAAAAGUUAUAUUAGGGAAAAUUUCGAAAUGAAAGACUAUCUCAACAUAUUAUUUAUUCAAUAAAAUAACAACAAUAUAUCAAAUAGAAUUGAAUUAUCCAAAUCCAUUGCUUAAAAAGCUUAGAAACAAUAAUUAACACCACUCGAAAACUUGCAGUAAUUGAAUGAAAUAAUAUUCUGAUUUCUAAUUUCGCUGAUGUAGGUGAUUAUAAUUAGUAGGUGACGUUUUUAGAAAGGAAAAGCAUUUAAAUAUCCUUACUUGUGUUCUUACAAGUGAUAAUAAAUCCGUAUUAAAAAAUUUUUAAUCAACACGAUCACUAUAAAUCACAAAAACGUCUAUUCAAAACAAAUUAAUAAAUGCGUAUAGACGAACCAAAAGUUUGUUAGGGGAGUAAUUAGGGGGUUGUUUUUACUGAUUUUGUCGUUGGAACUGAUCAUAAGUCGCUCAAUUUUAAGCUGGAGACUUUUUUAUUUUAAAGCUCUAAUAAUAUACUCUAAAAAAGAUUGUACGAAUUUUCCUCGUUAUUUAGCUUUGAAUCUUUCAAAUUAUGUAUUUAACUAAACAAAAUGCCGUAUCUUGGUUCGUGUUACACCUAGAAAAAUUAUUAAAAAAUAAUUUUAUUUGUUUUUUUAAAAACUUCCUUUUUUUCGAGUUAUUAGCGAAACAACCUUUAAAAACGUCGUUUAUUUCGUCGAAUAACUGUUACUUUCAACCGCAAAUAACUGGAAAAAUAUUAGUUUUAUGAUAUUUCAUCGAUUCCUGUAGUCGGAAUGUAAAAAAAAAUUCGCAUGAUAUAUAAAAUGAUCCUUGGGAUAUUCCCAACCUUCUGUGAAAAUUUCAAGUACAUCCAGGCAGGACGAAAAAAUUGCGAGUCAAAUUGUUUUAUUACCUGGACUAGAAAUACCAAAUAUUAUUUACAUUUUCAUAAUUUUGUAAAAUACAACUCGAAAUACCUCAAUUCAUCUACAAUUUCUACAAUCGUACCUUUUUUUCACAUCACCGCUAUUUAGAAGGUUAUUGAACUGUUAUUUAUCGUAUACAGCUGGAUAGAUAAUACAAAAUAUGGAAAAGAAUAUGGAAUUCUAUAAGAAAGAAAUGUUUUUAAUUUGCUAAACGUCUUUAAAAGUAGCGUUAGUUCAAAGUUGAUUUUACAAAUUUGUACGCAAUACUUGGAAAUUAAACAGAAGUUAUUAAAAAAAAUAGUAAUAAAGACAAUAUGAGAGUAAAAACAAAAAAGUAGGUUGAUCCAUAUAACAGAUGGUACUUCAAUUAUUUUUUUUUCUAGCAGAACUGAUAAGCCUACAGUUUUUAUAUUGAGGGACUAAAUUUUUUUUGUUGAUAAUUCUAUUACGAUGUUUUAAUAUAAUUUUACAUUCUCGUAACAUUCCUGUAAACGCGACUCUAUUAUAUCAAGUAAAUAUUGAACAAUAGUUUCGUAAUUUCAUUUUUUAUUCUUUCAAACGAAAAAAUUUCAUACGUCGGCAGUAUCAAAUUCUUUUUUCUAUCUAAGCUUCCUUUUCUAAAAACCUUUCCUAAAUUGAAAUAUCGUUUUAAUUAAAUUAAAAACAUAUCCAGUGGGUCUGGAAGUGGAAAUAAAUCAACAGAACUUCAAAAACGUGUUAUCGAGAGCUCAAAGGAUUCUACAUGCUUUUACCUUCUGACACACGUUUGAGAAAUAUUUUAGAAACUUGUUUUCUCAUUUCCUGCAUCUUCUAUGGCUUUCCAUCGACUUUUGUUAUACUAUAUUUUCAUUCAAACUUUGAAUUUAGUUUAAUAAAAUUCCAAAAAGUGCAUUGGGACAAUUUUCGGCGAAGUUUGAAAGCACAACGAAAUUCAUUGGUGAGAAUUGCACUUAAAUUCAUGGAAAGCACUCAUCAUUAACGUCAAAGCGUUUCCCUUGUAACACAUUUUGUAAACAGUGAUCACAAGGUACUAAAUAUGGUGAGUAAAGCGGAUAUACACAAAAAGAAAAACUUUUGGCGUCCAAAAACUAAAGAAUCAAAGACGAUUUUUAGCAAGGCACUGCAUCGUUUCUUUAGAAAAGCACAUAAAAUUCGGAGGUUCCAAUUUGUCCUUGUGGAAUAUUCGAAUUUGAUUGAUGAGCCUUUUUAGAACGAGUGAGUUAAGUGUUUUGGAAUCCUCUAACCAGCAUCCUGAAGCUUCAGAUCUUGCACCAAAUGAUUUUCAUUCGAUUCAUUUGUAACAGAUUUUCUUAAGUUAUAAGUCAACCUUGUAGAUAAUUAUCUUUGAUGGUUCGUCUGUCUCUACAUUGUGUGGUACAUAUUUUCAUUAUUUCUGUUCAUUUUUGCACUUUUUCUAAAUAUUCCGACUGGGGUUUUUCCGCCACGUUUCCCAAUAAUAUAUGAGAAAGUAGAAGAUUCAAGAUCAAUUCUACGGCAGCUUUUGGACGUUUUCUAGCAACUUCGGCUGUAAAUAUUCACGCGUGUUUGUAGUUUCAACAGAUUUUCAAGGAAUUUUGGAAGAGGAUGGUUCCAGAAGUAUCAGGCCCAACAAAGGAUAGAAAAAAAUUUUAGCUUGACGCGCUUUUACCAGCUAUGUUCAGUAUUGAUGGCUGCCAAACAAAUACCAAAUAAUUUGUCGAUUUUCUAAUAUAAUGGUGACUUUCAAGCAACUACCGCCAUCUCUAGAUUAGGUCAGGUACUGGUACAGGUACCUCAAUCUUUUCUGGGAAGUUUUAUUAUACUAUAAACUUUUGGCGUCCAAAAACUAAAGAAUCAAAGACGAUUUUUAGCAUGGCACUGCAUCGUUUCAUUAGAAAAAUUCGGAGAUAACAAGUUGUCCUCAUGGAACGGAAAAAAUAAUUCAAAUUUGAUUGAUGAGCCUUCUUAGAACGAGUGAGUUAAGUUACUAACUUUCCAUUGAGAAUUUUUAUCUCACGGUCAUAGUCAUAGUAACAGUUUUGGUAAUGGAAUCCGCCUCUUCAUGAAGAGGAUCCCUCAAUUCAAUAACGUACACCUUUAGUAAGAUUCUGUAUCCUCAUUAACAAACUGACAAGCCGGAAAUAUUCACUAUAAAACUAAUUCGUUCAUAAUAUUCAAUACAUUUCAUACUAUUUUAUCCCAAACUGUUUUUUGAUAUUGAAUUUUUGUAGAAUUUGUUGUUGUCGAGGUACGAAUCAAAAUUAAUUUUUUUUACUACAAAACGUGUUUACUUGAUAUUGAAUAAAGUCAGCUCUCAUUUUAUAAAGUUUAGAAAAAAACAGGGCUUAACACCAAUUAGAUUAUUUAAUCAAAAACAUACCUAAACACUAUAUCUAGAUAUUUUUUAGUAAGAACGUUUUUGUCUAAUUAAAAUUUUAUGCUUCAUGUUUGUAGAUUGUAAAAAAAUUGUCUGUGACAUCGGAAUUUAGAUUGGCUAGUAUCCUCAUCAGCAAACAGAGUGGCAGAACAUCUAUUAAAACCUGUGAGAAGUUUCGAUUUUUAAAAAUCGAUUCUAUUUAUGGGUUCCUAUUGAAUUGUUACAGAAUCGAAUACCAUAUUAAUAAUCGAUCUCGAUUCUUUAUAAAGAGACAUCAUUUCUGAUCCCUUUAAAAUAGUUAGAAUUGAAAAUUAUUAUCAAGGAGCAUUAUAAACUUUUAGUCACAAAGCAGCAAAAAAAAAUAGAAAUCGUUAGCAGUCGUUCAAGAUCGUUUUAACGAGAAAUUCUUUAGAUGUUUUACCACAAAAUAUUUGUUUAUUAUAGAUCAUAUAGGUAAUACUUUGAGCUUUUCCGACUAAGAAAGAUAGAACGGGAACGAUUUCUCUAUCCUCCGAGAUUCCAACUCGGUUCUGCGCAUUGUCAAGCAUGCGCAGUAUAGAUAAAGUGUCUCGAAUGAAAAAGAAAA